GCGCAUGCGCUAGGAGGGAGGAAAGGAAAGGACUGAGGAGGAUCCCCGGGUCAGAGUUCUACGCUUGGAAUCUGGAGGCGCUGAAGGUUCGAUCGGUAGAACGCAGCCCGGGAGUCGGGAUCGCUGGGCUCGCGCCAGGCUAGUGCAGAGCAGAGGCCAUGGUCGAGGCGGCCAAGUCCGAGCAGAAGGAGCCCUGGCGGGGCCAGUAUUACACCCUCGAAGAGAUCCAGAAGCACAACCACAGCCAGAGCACCUGGAUCAUCAUCCACAACCGAAUCUAUGACCUCACCAAGUUCCUGGAGGAGCACCCUGGUGGUGAAGAAGUCCUACGGGAACAAGCAGGAGGUGAUGCUACAGAAAGUUUUGAGGAUGUUGGCCAUUCCACAGAUGCUAGGUCACUCUCGGAUACUUUCAUUAUAGGAGAACUUCACCCAGAUGAUUGGGAAAAAAUUCAGAAACCAGCGGAUCCUUACAUUACCACUGUGGAGUCUAAUUCCAGUUCAUGGACCAACUGGGUGAUUCCCGCAAUAGCAGCAAUUAUUGCAGUCCUUAUGUACCGUUUCUACAUGUCUGAAUAACCACCUUAUUGAGAAGCAGUAAUGGGACAUAACUGAUUGGGAAAAGAGAGCCAAAUAUGCACCACUAACCACCUUCAUAUCAGGACAGUGUCUGAAAUCACCUUUAAAAAAAUAAUCCUCUUCUUCCCAGAAGGUCAGAAUAAAGUUGCUUCAGCAGUGCACUUUCAAUGCUGCCUUUUACUCAAUUGUUUUUAAAUGCUAGAGCAUAAAUUUCUCUUUUAUAUUAUCAUGUACAUCAAUUAUCUGUAUGAUGCUGUCAAACUGUUCUUGAAGCGGAAAACUGUUUGCACAUUGGUAUAAGUAAUACUUCCUCAGUACCUAAGGCUUGGCUUUUUUUUAAUGAGUUCUUUGGAUUUCUCUUGUCAAAACAACCAGGAGGACGCGAUUGUGUCUAUGCAAAUUCUUUCCAUCUUUGUUCACUUAGAAUUCUCUUAUACAAUGUUGUUUGCAUUCCUUUCCAUAUAUUUCUUAGAUAUAAUUGUUUUCUUGCUUCAUGUAUGAAUACCUUUUCAUAUAACAUUGCUGUGGACCCAAAGAUUCCAUGGCACAAGCAGAUUACCCUACUCUGCAGUAUCCUCACACUCACUGAAAGUGAUCUUUCAGGGUGUGUGUGGUUGCUCCCCUUUCUCGAAGUGCAAGUAUCUUCUGUUUUUAUAACAUGAUCCUGAAAUUAAAGCCUCUGAUUUACUUACAA